GCUAAAUUGUAAUCUUCAUUUGGAAGAGGAUGAAGUAGGAGAGGGGUUCAGAUAUGUAGACAGCUAUCUGUAAUCAUUACAUAAAGAUUUAGUGGAAUGAUAUCAGCCAGAGUAGUGGAAUAAAAGUUUCCAAAAAUCCUCUCCUCUAUUAAAUCAAAAAGAACACUGGCAAAAAUAGUCGAAAUCAACUUUUUGAGAACUCAGGAAGUUAACCAAAGGCUUGCAACAAUUGGGGAGUGUUUAUCAAGAAAAAGCUGAAUCUUGGUAACAAUAGUGAGUUUUUUGCAUUUUAAUUUGCUCUAGUCCCCUACUUUUCUCCCAGCUUUAUGGUAAUCCAGAAAACCACUGAAAUCACAGUGAAAUCCAGUGCCUCAGCAACUUGUGGAGGGGGCAGAACAUGGUUAGAUCUCUUCUAAAGCCUAUUUCCCAGAAAUAAAGAACUCUGAAGAUCAAGUUCUCUAUCCACUUCUGCCUAGCAAAGAAGAUCUCCAGCAGGUUGCCAUAAUUCCACACAAUGAAUGGGAAAGGAUUCGAGAUAGCCUUGAUAGUUUGACAAGAAAAGCAGCAUGCCUUCGUGCAGAAAGGAAGGCCAAGAAAGAAAUGCAUAUCCGAUCCCAAGAAGUGGUAAAACAUUGGACUAAUACAUAUGCGGGUAAUGCUGUUUAUUGUUACGAAGGAUUGCUCAGAAAGACAGGACAUGAAACUACGAGGAACCAAGGCAGCUUAUUUUUAUGAAGCUUGGAUUUGUCUGCCUCUUUCUCUCUCGAACUACAUAGUGUCUUUGCUGUGCUUCUCUUUGUGCUGCUGCUAGAUUCUCUAUCUAAGAGGGGAUGAAAGAACAGAAACUUGAAGCCAAAAAGAAGCGUGAUGAAGAAAUAGAGGCAGAAAGACAAAUUCUUGACGUGGAAGAAGCAAUACACAAACAAGGAGAAAGAAAAAAGGCCAUUGAAUAUGCAAAGCAAUAUCAAUUUUACCAGACAGAAAGAGUGAAAAACUUUCAUUCCGGACUACUUCUUACUAGAGUCAUGAAAGAACGUGAUGCACAAAUUGAAUCUCAGAAGAGCAAAAUAAAAUCAGAUAAAAAAUGGGAGGAACAAAUGAAACUUAGCAUUGAAAAAGCUUUUAAAGAAGAACAGGAAAAAGCAGAAAAACGACGCAGAGAUAGAGUGGCUCUUGCCAAUGAUCAUUUAAAACAAAUAAAGGAACGUGAAGAAGAAGAAGAAAGAAGGAAAAAACAUAAAGAAAAGGAUGCUGAGGAAAUAAAGCAACAGCAUUUAUUAUAUGAAAUAGAAAUGAGAAAAAAAUUAGAUAAGAAAAAAGAAGAGAUAAAUGAAAGCAGGAGACUGUUUUUUGAACAUAUGAAUGAUAAAAAUAUCAUCAAAGCCGUAGAACAGCAGCACCAAGAGGAGGAAGAUGAAAAGAUUAGGAAAUUUAUCAAAGCAAAAAAGCGUCUUACACAAAUGGCAGAAGAAAAAGAAGCUGGAGCACUCAGGAUAAUGGAGGAACACAGAGAAAGAAUAAAUAAAUUCCUGGGCGAACUAAUAAAAGAGAAACUUGACAAUGAAGAUUUGAUUAUUGCUAGAGAUAUUGCAGAAGCUGAGGCUGAAUGGGAAAAAAGAGAAAAAGAGAAAUAUGAAAAAAACAAAGCAGAAUUAAAAGCAAUUGCAGAAUAUAGAGACAUUGUGAUGAAAAAUAAAGAGGAAGAAGAAAGACAAAGAAAAAUAGAGGCUAAAGAACAAUUGCUGGCUAUCAGGAAAGCAGAUCAGAUUUUCUGGGAGCAUGAAAAGGAGAAAAAACGCAAAGCUGACAAGGAACGUCGAGAAAUUCAAGAUGCCCAUAUUCAGCAAAUGGCCAAAAAUAAACUUAAUGCAAAGCAGGCAAAACAAGCAGAAUUAGAGUAUUACAGACUUACUGAAGCUCUUGUGGCUGAAAAGGAAAAAGAAUUUCAGGAUUAUGCCAGAGAAGUAAUUGAGCUUGAGUCUGAUUCAACAAAUAAAUAUACUUAUCCUCUUAUAAAAGCUGUACAAGAAGGACCUGGAGGUGGCCGUGGACCAGUUUUUGUGGACAGAGGUGGAUUAAGACCCAGCUAUCAGACAACUGAUAACACUGGAGUCCAGCUCCCUUUUUAUAACUCUCAAGGAUCAAACUAUACUAAUUUUCAAAAGACUAAAGGAAGGCUAGGUUUUACAUGGUAGAAAAAGGUUUAUUUUUAAGGUUGAGAGACUAAUAUGAACUACAAAUAUAAGUGAAUUAUAUGCUUAUAAUUUGUUAAUAAAGCUGCUCUUCGUCUAAGUGCAA